CCAAUCCCGGGGCAGGGCGAAGGCGACGAGGGGAUUGGAGUCGCCGAAGCGUCAAGCGUGACCGCCCGAGGCCCCUCCUGCCUGCUGGGAAAGCCAUAAAAAACCUCGGCGAGGCGCCGAGCCACAGACCGGAGAGUCGAGCCACCGGCAAGAGAGCGACGCCGACCUGAGCGCGGGAAAAGCCCCAGCUACAGAGCCUGCCAUGCAGGGGACCAUGCGGUUGUGGCUGUCCGUGGUGACUUUCGCCCUGUCCUUGCUGAUCUGCCUGGGGACGCUGGCGGAGGCGUAUCCGUCCAAACCUGACAACCCCGGCGAGGACGCGCCUGCGGAGGACAUGGCCAGAUACUACUCGGCACUGAGGCACUACAUCAACCUCAUCACGCGGCAGAGAUAUGGAAAGAGAUCAAGCCCAGAGACACUGAUCUCGGAUCUUUUGUUGAGAGAAAGCACAGAGAAUAUUCCUAGAUCUAGGUUUGAAGACCCUUCUAUGUGGUGAUGGAAAUUUCAGCACAUCGUCAAACUUUUCCUAGUUUUCAAUCCAUACUUAUUGCUAUAAGACCAAUCGCAGUUUAUCACUCCUCAGUGCAUGCAACCAUCAUACUGAAUUCUGUAGCAUUUUUCCUUCAUCAUAUUUGUAUAUACAUUUAUUUAAAUAAUUUAUUUGUGCAUUCCACAAUGUAACAUACUAAAUGAAAGACACCACCACUAUUAUUGGCAUAGUAAAGAUUUGUUUUAAACUAUUAAAAUUGAAUUACAACCUCCCUGCAGUCUAAAGUAGCAUGUACAGUGAUCAUUUCACAAAUAUUAAAAUAGUGAUUGUGAAAGGUGAAAUAAUUACAACACUUACCUGGGCCUUUAAUUUAAUUUUUCUGUUUUGAUUUAUAUACAUUUAUUUAUGUUUCACAACAGUCAAUAUUUCCUACAUAAUUUAGGAAAAUAAAAUGAUCUGGAAAGUGUUUUUUCAUACUCAUUAUACAGAACAAUUGUUUAUUAUUUACAUUAACCCAUAUAUUAAAAUUAAUAGCAUUUUCAAAAUACAAAGAGGUUUAAUUCUGCUAAACUGUCAAGACUGAUUAAGAGUUCAAAUUUAAAAAAUGGAAUCUCUUCAUUUUGGCAAUAUACAAAGUGACAGGAAACAAUAUAAUUCCUAGGUAAUAUUGCAAUAUGAAUUUGGAAGUGUUUGGGAGUUAAUAGUUGAUUCCAUGAAAAGCUACCUAGUGAACGUUUGAUAUUUUCUUUGUGAUACAAAGUUUUGAAUAACUGAAUCCAACACAAAGAAUUUUCUUAAUUUCUGUCCUAGUCACUCUUUCCAUAAGCAGAGAGUACCUAGAUCAGGUAUAAUGGUAUUUUCUUUGGUGUUUCUUCUCCAAAUGUUCCAUGUGUAAAAUUCCCAUUACCCUGGUGGGAGAGCUACUGAUGCUUGUUGAGUUGAAAAUAACCUUAAUGUUUUCAUUCAAAACUACUUAAUGUUAUAACAGCGUUUUCUACUCUCAUUCUAUAUAUGGUUCUGUCAUUGUCAGAGAUUCAGUGUGGAAUAUUGUCAGUAGCUGUUUGUAUUAUAUUUGGCCUCUUAUAUAGAGUGGCACAGAUUCUGGUCCUUGGUCCCUGAUAUUUUAGCAUGCUACCCCUUAUUUAUACAUCAGAGAUAAAUGCAUAGGGAUCGUGUGAAAGAACACAGCCAAAAUUGUAAGUCAGAGAAAAAUCUGCUUGGAAGUUUGAUGUAUAAACAUUUCAUAUCUGUUUUACAAAUAUUGUUAUAUUGCUAAAACACAAAUACAUCUAUACAAUUUAAGUGGGUUUUUAAUCUGCUCGUUACAGAUACACACUGGAUGUGUUGUUACAUUUUGUAAUUCCUCCACAUUUGCCAGUUAAUGUAUGUCACGCCUACUUCAGUGAAACAUUAAAAACAUAUUCAUUUAAAGAAAACACGCAGAUGGUAUUUUAAUAGGCAAACUGUUUCAACACCUACAUUGUCACUUUAUUGAUUUAGACUAUAUAGUUGGUCUAUUCUGGUGCAGUCUUUACAAAAAUUGAAUUUAAUGAGAUAUAUAUUGUAUUUACCACUGAUUUCUGGCAUUGUGUAUAAUAAAUACAUUAGUGAUCUUGGGGGACUAUGAUUUGAUGGUACUGAGAAUGUUAGUAGAUCCCAUGACUGUUAAAUUAGAGUUGCCUAGCAUUAUCUUCAAUAUAUAUGCCUGAAUGGAGAAAGGAACGGUUAAAGUAGAAGCAUGUCCACAACUUACUCACUCUAUGCAGUCCCACCUAAUUCGGUGAAUUUUCUUCAUCUUAUGGAGCACACACCUGUGUACAAAAGCUAGUGAGAUCUCUAAGACAUUGUUUUAUUUACCUUAUUGUUUUAAUGAGGCAUCGAUGACAGAGGCAAAGCAAUCAAACAACAUGGUACCGAAUGAUAUUAUAUAUACUAAUAUGGUUCUUGGAUUUUCUUUCUAAAUCUUCCUGUGUUGCAAAUGAAGCUCUUAUAGUAUUGAGUGAAACUUGCCUUCUGAGGAACUGAGUCUUUGUGUACCUCAUCUUCCAAAUACUGAGGAAACUGCAACAUUCAAAAUCAUGAGUCAGGCCCUCAAAAUCAUGCAACUAUCUUAAAAAUAAUGAGAUGUUAAAUAGUAAAUUUAGGGUUCUUUUUAUUUGCCUUCUGGUUUUUGAGCCUUUAGGAUUUAUAUUUUCAAACUUUUCCAUAGCCAUGAGGAGUAGACUCUAAUUUUUUCUUAAAAAAAGCUGAGAUUCAUGACUCCAGAAGUUUGAGGCUUUAAGAAAAUGAGAAACUCACAAUAAAAUCAUGAGAGUUGUCAACACUG